UCUGUCUUCCGCCAACCAUCCAGCCGAACACAGUGCAAAUCGCUCUUUGGAUUUCCCCACACAAAAACCACUCCUGGCUGUCACCGCGGGCCCAGCCGAGGCUGCUCCCACAGUCUUUUCUCUCCCUCCUCAGAUCGCCCUUUAACCAGCUUCCAAAUGACUGACGGGGAGUGUGACUUCUUCUGCUUCUUCCGCUGCUGCUGAGCGCGCUCCGUACGCGCCUCAGACAGACCAGAGGGCGGGGUGUCUCUGAGGAGUGACACUAGCAGGUGGAAAAGGAGGCGCGGGGAAAAGCGGGGAGGCGCGGCUUUAAAAGAGCCAUUUCAGCCAAUCGGACCACUAGGAUCCGACAGGUAGGCGGGCCGUCUACCUGUGCGGGUGAUUGAUUCAGUCGACUGGAUGUCUGUGGACAUGAACAGCCAGGCGUCGGACAGCAACGAGGAAGACUUCGGGGUGAACUCUGAAGAAGAGGAGGAUGAGGACGAUGGCGGAGAGGAGGAGGACCAGGGCGACAUCGCAAGCUACUAUGAGGGCGUGGCCAGCGACGUGGAGCAACAGGGCGCCGACUCCUUUGACCCGGAGGAGUACCAGUUCACCUGCCUGACCUACAAAGAGAGUCAAAGGGUGCUGACGGAGGAGGUGAACACUGUGGCUGCUGCGCUGAAGGUUUUACCAGCAGUAGCAAAACUGAUCCUGGUGCAUUUUCACUGGCAGGUUUCACAAAUACUGGACAGAUAUAAGUCCAACUCGUCUCUGCUGUUGUCAGACGCUCUGGUCCAGCCCAGCAGCACCUGCAGAACAGUCACUGCCCCUCAGUCCCUCCAGUGUGGUGUGUGUCUACAAGUCGUACGGAGAGACUCCCUGCUGGCUCUGCCCUGUCAGCACUCCUUCUGCAAAGCAUGCUGGGAGCAGCACUGCACUGUACUGGUGAAAGAUGGCAUGGGAGUAGGUAUCUCGUGUAUGGCUCAGGACUGUUCCCUGCAGAUGCCUGAAGACUUUGUCCUGCCACUGCUGCCAGGAGAGGAGCUGAAGGACAAAUACAGACGCUACCUCUUCAGAGACUACGUCGAGAGUCAUUUCCAGUUGCAGUUGUGUCCAGGUGCAGACUGUCCCAUCGUCAUCAAGGUGCAGGAGCCCCGGGCGCGCAGGGUGCAGUGUAGCCGCUGCAGUGAAGUGUUCUGUUUUAAAUGCCGUCAGAUGUACCACGCGCCCACAGACUGUGCAACCAUCCGGAAAUGGCUGACCAAAUGUGCCGACGACUCAGAGACGGCCAACUACAUCAGCGCACACACUAAAGAUUGUCCUAAGUGCAAUAUCUGCAUCGAGAAGAACGGCGGGUGCAAUCACAUGCAAUGCUCCAAGUGUAAACACGACUUCUGCUGGAUGUGUCUCGGUGACUGGAAGACUCACGGCAGCGAAUACUACGAGUGCAGCCGCUACAAAGAAAACCCUGAUAUAGUCAACCAGAGCCAGCAGGCUCAGGCCAGAGAGGCCCUCAAGAAAUACCUCUUCUACUUUGAGAGGUGGGAGAAUCACAACAAGUCUCUGCAGCUGGAGGCUCAGACGUACCAGAGGAUCCAGGAGAAGAUCCAGGAGAGAGUGAUGAACAACCUGGGAACCUGGAUCGACUGGCAGUACCUGCAUAACGCUGCAAAGCUGCUGGCUAAGUGUCGUUACACACUGCAGUACACAUACCCCUACGCCUAUUACAUGGAGUCCGGCCCACGCAAGAAACUGUUUGAGUACCAGCAGGCCCAGCUGGAGGCGGAGAUAGAGAACCUGUCGUGGAAGGUGGAGCGAGCCGACACCUACGAGAGAGGAGUGGUGGGAGGCGAGGGGGAGCUCAGCGCCAGUGACAGAGGGGAUCUGGAGAAUCAGAUGCACAUCGCUGAGCAGAGGCGACGCACACUGCUGAAGGAUUUCCACGACACCUGAAGCUCCAUCGCGACUGCAAAGCACCAGCAUCUCCCUCCUCACUUCCUUCUUUGCUUCCUCGCCUCCUCCUCCCUUUGCUCCUCUUCAUGACCAUCCCCCGGUGCAGUCGUACUGACCCCCCCCCCCCCCCUUUGCUUCUCUACACUCGCUCAUUUUGCUUCUUUCUUUCUGUCUCUCCCUCCUCCCGCUCCCACAAUGCUGCAGGGUCAGAGAAUGGCACGAUUGUAUCUCCCCUUCCUCAUCCUCAUCCUCAUUUACAUGUUUUGGAUUCAGAGCGUCACGUUCACCGCGGUCAUUCUUGUUGCAGCUUUUCAGAUCUGAUCUGAUCAUAAAGGUCAAAGUUUGAGGUUUUGUUAAGUUUGUGAAAACAUUGAGUUUUCUUUUGUUUCACAUUAGAAAAAAGACAUUAAAGCGACAUGUUUCCUGUUGAAAGAGUGAGAGCUGUUCUGUUAUGAAGAGGAUGAGGAAGAUGGUUUUUUUCUUUGAAGACACGGUGCUGAUUGUGGAUCUGGAUUUGGUGGUUUUAAAUAGACCAUGAUGACUAGCUAACCCUCUAAACCUGUAGCACUUACUCCAUUUUGUCUGAACACAUCAGAGCUAAUAAAUGAAGCUAAUGUGAGUUUCCUCUCUGAACGGGUUGAUUUGAAUAAUUCUGGAUCAAACGCGUCACUGCCGCUGCCCUGGCGCCGCUUUGAACAAACUUUAUUACCCAGCAGCACAGGUGCAACGUGACAGGACAGUGAACAGACAUGAAGAUGGUGUGUUUGCUGUGAAAGAGACGGUGACUUCAUAGUCCCACAUACUCCUUAAAUUACCUUUUUAAAAAAAGUUAAAAUAAAAAAAAUAAAUAAAUAAACAAAAAUGAAAAAAUAAUAAAAUACAGUAUUUUCCUACGUAUGAUGCAUGUUCGUAUUCGCAAGAUAUUAUAGAAUAAGAUGAAUGUGACUUUUUUUUUUUUAGAUUUUGUCACCAGUGUUUCAUAAUAACCCCCCCCCCCCCCCCGGGUUGUGUUAGUGUCAAACCAACGCCACUGACAGAAAAAGCUGCUGGUCGUUAUGAACUAAGUAAAACUACUGAAUUCCUCGGUUCUGGCUUCGUUCUCUCACUGGUGCUGGAUCGUGUUCAGCUGAUGAGUCUGACCUUCAACACCUCCUCCUCCGCCAUUCACUCACACUACAGCUCCACCCACUGACACUGACAUCAGCACGCACACGUCGACACGCUCACACUCAGACACUCCGCUGCAGGAGAUAAAAAUGUCACCUGUUAAUUUCCCAUCUUCCUUCCCUCCCUCCAUCUCGUGCUCUCUCCUCUUUCUUUACAUCCAUCCCCUCACUUUGUUUUUGCUCUUUGUUUUCUCUUUUCUUGCCGCUCACAUUGUUCUUCACACUUUUCUUCUGGAACAUUGCUGUUGAUAGAUAGAUCGUUUAAAAAAAUGAAAAAAAAUGGGAAAAAAUACAAAAAAAAAAAUUGCUGUAAUUUUCAACGGUUGUACAUUAAUACAGAAAUAGAGUUACUGAGAGAGUUUUUAAAACCGGA